ACCAUACGCCUUCUCCAGUUCAAUCCUCUGUAGAGCUCUGAUCGACCAGCGCCAGAUAUUCUCCUUGUCUCAUCUGUUCAUCCGACACCGGACGGACCCAUCCGCAGGUGAUCAUCCGGCAGCCAUGGAGGCAGCGCUAGCCUACGCCGACGCCUCGACAUUCUCCCCGGCCUUCUACCCUGACCAGCAGGACGACGAGGUCUCCAGCAGCAGGCCGGCGCGCGUCGCGGGCGCGGUCCUCCGCGGCGUGAUCACCUUCGUCUUCGCCACGGUGGGCACGAUCCUGGGCGCCAUCACGGGCGGGCUGAUCGGGCUGGCCACCGAGAGCGGCCUGGUCCGCGGCGCCGGCAUCGGCGCCAUCUCCGGCGCCGUGGUGGCCAUGGAGGUCGUGGACCGGUCCGUCGCCAUCUGGCGCUCCGACGAGUCCGGCAUCUGGAGCGUGCUCUACGUGCUCGACGUCAUCUGGAGCCUGCUCACGGGCCGCCUCGUGCGCGAGAAGGUGGACCCGGCCGUGCAGAACGCCGUGCACAGCCAGAUGAGCGCCGUGGACGACGCCUCCGGCGGCGGAUCCGUCGACGGGCCGCCCACGCUCGCGGAGAUGUUCGGGACGGGCGGCGCGUCGUUCAAGGGCAUGGCCGCGCACGCCAUCGCGGACCUCCCCGCCGCCACGGUCACCGAGCGGCAGGCGGCGGCGGCCGCGCAGCAGAACGCGGGGUGCUCCGUGUGCCUCCAGGAGUUCGAGGCCGGGCAGAGGGCCAGGAGCCUGCCCGGGUGCGGCCACACCUUCCACCUGCCCUGCAUCGACGGCUGGCUCUGCCGCCACGCAUCCUGCCCGCUCUGCCGCGGCGCCGUCGUCUAG